AUGGAGUGGAGGGGUAUCCUAGUGUUGCUUUUCUCACUCCUAGUGAUUUGCAUAGAGGCUAGGAUAUUGGAGAACUGCAAAUUGGUCAAGAAGAGUUCUACUUUAGAAGAAGAAAAAGGUAGCGAAAUUCUCAUAGGAAUUCCUAAUAAAGUAAGAAAUGGAGGAAGAAAUGGAGGCUCUGGGUUUAAUAACGACAUAGGUAGAGAAGGUGGAGUUGGUAAUAGAAUUGGUGGAGGGGAUGAAAAUCGUGGUGUUAUUAGUGGAGAGGGCAGAAAAGAUGAUGGUAGUCUUAAAAAAGCUACGCAACCUUUUGAUGGUAGUUGGGUCAUUCCUUUUUCAAAUGGAGGACCUGAUCAAGGAUACGGUAUAGGCAUUCCUUUAAUAAGAGGAGAUCCUGGCAUUAUUCCUUUAGUAGGAAAACAUCGUCAAGGAUAUGGUAGUGAUACUAACAUACCUUUGUUAGGAGGAUCAAGUGGUAUUCGAGGUAUACCUUUAAUAAGAGGAGCUCCUGGUGAUUUUCCUAUUAUUCCUUUAAUAAGUGAAGAACCUGGCAAAGGAUAUGGUAGAAUUCCUGGAAUUCCCGGUAUACCACUAAUAGGACAGAUACCUACUGGGUUGCCUACUGGAACUGGAUAUGGUGAUAUACCAAGUAUUGUUCCUAAGCAAGAAUAUGGCGGUGUGCCUAGUGGGCCUGGAUAUGGUGUUAAUCCUGGAGUACCAGAAAAAGGUGGUGGUGUUGUAGGAGGAGUAGGAGGAGGCAUUGGAAAGGGUGGAGGAAUUGGAGGAGUCGGUGGAGGGGUUGUAGGAGGCGUUGGUAAGGGAGGAGGCAUAGGAAAGGGUGAAGGAAUUGGUGGAGGCGUUGGAGGAGGCAAAAGAAAGAGUGAAAACGCUGGUGGAGGAGUUGGAGGAGGCAUAGGAAAGGGUGGAGGAAUUAGUGGAGGCAUUGGAGGAGGAGUUGGAAGAGGCAUAGAAAAUGGUGGUGGAAUUGGUGGAGGAGGAAUUGGAGGAGGCAUAGGAAAGGGUGGAGGAUUUGGUGGAGGGGCUGGAGGAGGAGUUGGAGGAGGGAUAGAUAAAGGAAUUGGGUUUGGGGUUGGUGAAGGGGCCGGAGGAGGAAUUGGAGGUGGUAUUGGUAAGGGUAGAGGAGUUGGUGGAGGGGCUGAAGGAGGUCUAGGAGGAGGCAUCGGAAAGGGAACUGGUGCAGGAAUAAGUGGGGGAUUUGGAGGUGGAGGAGGUCGCAGCUUUGGGGGAGGAGUGGGUGGAGGAGCUGGAGGAGGCAUUGGAGGAGGUCUAGGAGGAGGCAUUGGAAAGGGAAUUGGUACAGGAAUAGGUGGGGGAUUUGGAGGUGGAGGAGGUGGCGGCUUUGGAACAGGUAGUGGAAAGGGAAUUAGUGGCGGUAUUGGAGGUGAAGUUGGUGGAGGAUUUGGAGGUGGAGCUGGUGAAGGAUUUGGAGGUGGUGUAAAUGAUGGUAUUGGUGAAGGGCUAGGUGGUGGUGCUGGAGGUGGAUUCAGAGGAGCUAUAGGAUAUGAUGGAAGCAUAGCGGGAGGAGCUGGUGGAGGAGGAGGGUUUGGAGUUGGUGGAAGCGGUUUUGGAUUAGGAGCUGGUUUAGGGGGAGGUAUAGGAGUAGCAUGUGGUGGUGGGGUUGGUAAUGUACUCGGUGGUGGCGGUGGUGGAGUUGAGGCGAAUAUAUCAUUAACAAGUAUAACUAAUGAAGAAAAAAAGAAUGAUCCUCAUUUUCCAGACAUCCCAGAAGAAGAGUUAAGGGAGCUCCAAUUGGAAAUUGAAAAAGAAACUAUGGCUUUCAGCGAGGGAAAUGUCUGGCGAGACACGUUUAACGUAGUAGAAGGUUUGGGAGAUUUCUUGGUUGGGGGAUCUAGAGCUCAAGGUACUCGCCCACAAGACUUGGAAGGUAGCUUGGAGGGUUAUUUGCGCAAAGGGCUAUUUGUGCAAGUGGCUACUUUGUGCAAGGAGGGUUAUGCUUGCAAGAAGGCCAUGCAUGCAUGGUUGAUUAGAGGGUCAUUUAUGCAAGGAGGGCAGUGUAGCAGCAGAGCAGCAGAGUUGUUGCAGCCCAUUCAAGAACAGAUGAGGGACCAGGUUCCUCCACAUGAGAGACCAGGUCCAAAGAUUAAGAAGAAACCCAGAGUUGAGCGACCUAGUCCCCGGAAAGGGAAGAAGGUUGGAGUGAGAGGUGGCAGUAAAGAAAAUGUCAAGCAGAGAAAUGAAGAAGAUGCAGCAGAAUCUCCAAAAGGCGCAGAAGAACCCAAUCUCUAUGCAACAAAAUCACCAGAAGGCACAGAGGAACCUGGUCCCUCCUUUAGUCCACUCGAAGCUGAACAACUGAUACUGUAUCAAGCACCCCUGAGGCUGGACAAAGAAGUGAAACACUUCUUUGCUACAACAAAGAAGUUGACGUCAGGCCUCUGA